CAGUUUUGGAACAUACCCGCCAACAUUUGACAGCUAGCUUUUUUUACAAUGGGUUUUAAACUAAGCUUCGGCAUCGCAGUUUUUUGCCUAAUUUGUUUUUUAGAAAUCCAAGGGUCUUUUAUUAAGGGGAAGAAUAUUCCAAGGGUCGGGAGAAGCAACGAGGCGGAUGGGCCUUUUGACGAGGCCAUGGGGUACGUUAUCAAGACGAUUCCGGCGAAGAACAUACCGCGUAUGGGGAGGAGGAAUUACGAUUCGCAAAAUCGCUAUGAUAUCCCGAAAUUUUAUCAAGCGCCUGCAGAAAACUUGGAAUUAUUUGGAGAUGUCAGUCAACCAGGAUUCAACCAAGAACAAAUAGAGGGUUAUUACAGCAGCCAGCUGGAAAAUAUGGAGAAAUAAGAAAAAUAACCGUUUGACUUGGCUGAGGCACUGCCGUGUCCCUACAUUUUGAAAAAUGAAUCGAUGGAUUUAAAACCUUUUUUGUUGCUUUUGCAAAACACUGCUUUUUUCUAGUCAUUAUCAUUGUCCAAUUUAAUUGCGAAUUAUAAUUUAAAAACUGAA